AUGUAAUACACCGAGCGGUCUGCGCAGGGUUACGUGAAGUCGAACACACCUACAUAUUUCCUUCAGCCACUCUUACUGUAUACCGCAUGUCUUAUCUCAUUCUGUUUGAUCCUGUGGUUGAGCUAAAGACAGUACCGCCAGCGAUUGUUUCGUCUUAUUUCACGCGCUUUAAGACUCGUGUAAACCCGGCUAGAUUCGAACUCGUGAAGGAGUGGAGAGACUGCGCGCGCUGCUGUCGGUGACAUUGAUAUCGUGAAAGUCGUGACUCGGAUAUUAUUAGUUUAUCUAAUAGACUGGAUCAUGGGUUUAUAUCCGAACUCUGAUUUGACUGUACUGAAGGGAAUGUAGGCGAUCGGUCACUGGAGGAUCAAAUGCUGGGAAGCUGAUAAAUGUUCUUUUAUUUUAUUUUACAAGGGCUAAACACACUGGAGGUGAGAUGUCUCUGGUUUUCCCACGACCCAACACUAGUGUCAUCGGUAAGAAGGACAAGCGACUAAUGGCUGAGGUGAACGCCUCUCCGCUCAAACACUUUGUCACUGCCAAGAAAAAGAUCAAUGGCAUCUUUGAACAACUGGGUGCCUACAUUAAGGAAAGCUCAGCUUUUUUGGAAGAAACCUACAGCAAUGAAGAACUUGACCCUGUUACCACAGAGGAGCAGGUGGCGGAGGUUCGAGGUUACCUGUCCAAAGUGGCAGGGAUAGGGGAGGUCCUAUCUCGCAGACACAUGAAAGUGGUCUUCUUCGGCAGGACCAGUAAUGGGAAGAGCUCUGUCAUUAAUGCCAUGCUCUGGGACAAAGUUUUACCAUCUGGAAUCGGACACACCACUAACUGCUUCCUGCGGGUGGAGGGCACUGAUGGCAAUGAGGCGUUCCUGCUCACAGAGGGAUCAGAUGAAAAAAAGAGCGUAAAAACGGUGAACCAGUUGGCUCAUGCAUUACAUCAGGAUGAGGAUUUAGACGCGGGCAGUCUUGUGUGUGUCAUGUGGCCAAAAGCAAAGUGUACACUGCUGCGAGACGACCUGGUGCUUGUAGACAGCCCUGGCAUUGAUGUCACAACGGAGUUGGACAGCUGGAUCGACAAAUUCUGCCUUGAUGCCGAUGUGUUUGUGCUGGUGGCCAACUCAGAGUCCACUUUAAUGCAAACAGAAAAAUCAUUUUUCCAUAAAGUGAAUGAGCGCCUCUCCAGCCCCAACAUCUUUGUUCUGAACAACCGCUGGGAUGCAUCGGCCAACGAGCCCGAGUACAUGGAGGAGGUGAGACGGCAACACAUGGACCGCUGCACUAGUUUUUUAGUGGAUGAACUGCGGGUGGUGGACCGUGCUCAGGCCAGCGACCGGAUCUUCUUUGUCUCUGCUAAAGAAGUUCUGCAGGCGCGUGUUCAGAAAGCCCAGGGCAUGCCAGAAACAGGUGGUGCUCUGGCUGAAGGUUUCCAAGCGAGAAUGUUUGAGUUUCAGAACUUUGAAAGACGCUUUGAGGAAUGCAUCUCACAGUCAGCGGUAAAAACUAAGUUUGAGCAGCACACAGUGAGAGCCAAGCAGAUCUCUGAAGCGCUGCGUAUGAUAAUGGACUCAACUCAUGUUGCAGCUCAAGAGCAGAGGAUACAUUGCUUAGACAUGAAGGAGGAGAAAGAGGACAGGCUGGAGUUCAUCGAUAAACAGUUGGAUCUGCUCACCCUGGACUGCAAGACAAAAAUCAAGAAGAUCACAGAGGAGGUUGAGAAGCAGGUGUCUAAUGCUAUGGCAGAGGAGAUCAGGAGACUGGCUGUGCUUGUGGAUGACUUUCACGUGGAUUUUCAUCCUACACCAGUGGUGUUGAAAGUGUAUAAGAAUGAGCUUCACAAACACAUAGAGGAUGGUCUGGGCAAGAAUAUGUCGGAAAGAUGCUCCACUGUUAUAACUGCUGCCUUACAAGCCACACAGACUGAUAUGAUUGAUGGUCUGAAACCCCUGCUGCCCAUUGGAAUUCGAGAGCAGGUGGAUAAGAUUGUGCCCAGACAGUGCUUUGCCCUCAGUUACGACCUCAACUGUGACAAACUCUGCAGUGACUUCCAAGAAGAUAUCAGCUUUCACUUUUCUCUGGGCUGGACCAUGCUUGUCAACCGCUUCCUAGGUCCCAAGAAUACACGGCGCGCUCUCAUGGGUUACAGUGACCAGGUUCCAAGGCCGUUGGCCAUCACUCCGGUUAGCACCAGCAUGCCUCCUUUUCCUCAGGGAGCCGUGACCCAGGAGGAGCUCAUGGUUUCCAUGGUAACAGGACUGGCAUCCCUUACCUCCAGGACAUCGAUGGGCAUUAUUGUCGUUGGAGGAGUGAUCUGGAAGGCUGUUGGCUGGAGGCUCAUUGCUCUGUCUGUGGGUCUCUAUGGGCUGUUGUACGUCUAUGAGAGACUCACUUGGACAACCAGAGCCAAGGAGCGGGCGUUCAAGAGACAGUUUGUGGAUUAUGCCAGUGAGAAACUACAGCUUAUUGUCAGUUAUACUGGAUCUAACUGCAGCCACCAAGUUCAGCAGGAGCUGGCUAGCACCUUUGCACAGCUGUGUCAGCAGGUGGAUGUGACCAGACAGCAGCUGGAAGAUGAAAUUCGUGACCUAAACAGCAAGAUCGAGCAGCUGGACUCCCUGCAGAGUAAAGCCAAGCUGCUCAGAAAUAAAGCUGGCUGGCUGGACAGUGAACUGAAUAUGUUCACCCAACAGUAUCUUCAACAGGGUCGAUAAGAUGGCUUGUGAUCCACACCAUCAACGCUAUAGAGAGCAAGAAUCUUUUCAUUUAACUUGCUGCAAAAAAUGUAACACUAUGCCAUGCCUAGAUACAUGUAUUUGAAAAUACCAAAUAUCAUUGCAUAUAUACAACGCCUUUUAUAUUUAGUUGUUAAAAAUAUGAAGUCUGGGAAUAUGACACUUUGAAGAGCGGCCCUUGAUUGAUUUUGUUUUUGCAAGCAAGACACCGAUUGCUCUUUCAGUGUUAUACAGGAGUAAUUAUUUAUUCUUUAGUAAUUAUUUAUUAUUAUAUUGAGAUGUCAUGUGACUUGACCUCUUUGUGGAUGUACAGAUUCCCAUUUCUCCGUGCCACAGGAAUUCGCAAAAAGUGAGAAUGCAUUUUAAAUGAGCUCUCACAUGCCUUGUAGUUUGUGCUGUACAAUGAUGAACUUUAAUCAAUUAAUAUAUAAAAAUGAGAUGUUAUUUAAGCAAUGCGUUGUCUCCAUUCCACUCAGUUUUUAUGCAAAAUGAGAUCUAAAAGUGUACCACAAGAGCAAGGUCUCCGUUGACCUCAUUUCCAUGGAAGUCUGUUUCAGUUCAUUGUAAAUCCAAGCUCAGUGUUGCACAGGAUAGCUGAAAAUUAAGCAAAAAUAAAGAUAUACUGUCUUCUCCAAAAAGAUUGUUUCGAUCAUAAACCUGUUUUGUAAACAACUCUUGAUGCAAUAAAAGUAUCAUAAUUCUC